AGUUUGUAAAUAUUCUGCAUGGUACAACGUACCACGCAAUAUGGCGUGAAUCUAUAAAGUGCAGAAAUAAAAAAUCAGGAAAAGUUUCUUUCUAUGUUUGAGAGUAGAAUUUAACGAUUAUAGUUGUUUCCAGAUGCAAUAACAAGUGAAAAGGGAAAUAUUCUUUUGUUAUUUGGUAAGUAAGAAACUUUCUAAUAUAUGUGUAUUUGAGCUUCACAAUUUUGAAGAAAAAAAUCGCCUUCCUCUAUUCUGGGUAUUUACAUAGACAAUCAAUUGGAUAUUCUAGCAAAAUAUCAACAGGCAUUUCUAUCUUAUGUUAAAUGUCAAUGAUUGAAUGAUUUUUGUGUAUGAUAUGAUCUUAAUUUAUAACAACUUUAACAUGACAGCUUUAAACAAUUAGUCAUCGUGUGAAAGAAAUUUUAAUAAUAUGGAUCAUCUGGGAAAGACUUACACUAAGCGCAUGAAUGCCAUAGAGCGCAACUUAAAAGAUCCCAAUCAUCCCUUAUAUGCUGAGAACUUGCUGGAUGGGUUAACCGCCUUCGUCGCUGAUUUGGAUAAUCAGCCAUUAAAAAGAAAGAGUAACAUCGACAAUUUUGUAAAAAAAUAUAAAAAAGAGGUAGAUGAACUUCUUGAUACGCGUAUGAAAUAUGUGGAUUUCGAACAAGUGAAGGUUAUAGGUAGAGGUGCUUUUGGUGAAGUACAACUGGUAAGACAUAAAGCUACCCACAAGGUCUAUGCUAUGAAAUUACUUAGUAAGAGUGAAAUGAUAAAGCGUUCAGAAUCUGCAUUUUUUUGGGAAGAAAGAGACGUAAUGGCGAAUGCAAACAGCGAAUGGAUCGUUCAGCUUCACUUCGCAUUUCAAGACACGAGAUAUUUGUAUAUGGUGAUGGAUUACAUGCCCGGCGGAGAUAUGGUAAACUUAUUAAUGAGCUAUGAAAUUCCUGAACGAUGGGCACGUUUUUACUGCGCCGAAGUCAUAUUGGCGUUGGAUGUUAUUCAUUCCAUGGGAUUUGUGCAUAGAGAUGUUAAGCCCGACAAUAUGUUACUUGAUUCUACAGGCCAUUUGAAAUUAGCCGAUUUCGGAACAUGCAUGAAAAUGGAUUCUGAUGGCUUGGUACGUUCUUAUACUGCUGUUGGUACACCCGAUUAUAUUUCUCCAGAAGUGCUCAAGUCUCAUGGUGGCGAAGUUUGCUAUGGAAGAGAAUGCGAUUUUUGGAGUGUGGGUGUCUUUUUAUAUGAAAUGCUUGUGGGGGAAACUCCAUUUUUUGCCGAAUCCCUUUUAGAAACUUAUGGGAAAAUAACAAAUCAUGAAACUUCAUUAACAUUUCCAGUUGAUGCAAACGUUAGCUCUAACGCUGAAAUGUUAAUAAAGAAAUUUUUAUGUAGUCAGGAGAAGAGAUUGGGAAGACGGGGUAUACAAGAAAUACAGCGACAUCCAUUUUUCGGUGACGAGUGUUGGACAAAUAUACGAGAGCAGUUGCCUCCUGUUGUUCCUGAACUACAUGGUGAUAUUGAUACAAGUAACUUCGAAGAGGUUGAGAAGGAUGAUAGUGCAUCUAAUGAGGAUUUCCAACCUGUUAAAGCCUAUGAAGGCAAUCAUUUAUCUUUUAUUGGUUUUACUUAUAAUCGACAUUUUAAUAUGCUUUCUUCAAACCAAAAUUCUAUGUCGAUUCCGCAAGGGGACGACUAUACUCUUACUGGUAGUGAUAAUCAACAAACAAGAAUAGCUCUUUCGAGGGACCGAGAAGAGUACGAAAUGAAAACUAGACAGUUACUAAUUGAACUGGAAGACGCCAGGGCAAAGGAAGAACGGACCAGAGGAGAUCGCUUACAAUUAGAAAAAGAAAAAACUGCUCUGCAGCAUGAUUUACGACAAGCAAAAAUUCAAGAACAAGAACAAAUUGAACGUUUUAAUCUUCAAAUGGAAGAGUUACGUAAAAAGCUCAAGGAAGCAAAUAUGUGUUUAGAACAAAGUUCUAUUUCCUCUCAAAUGGAAAAAAAUAAAAUUUCUCAAAUUGAAACCGAAAAUCAAAAAUUAAAAGAAAAAAUUCAUUUAGAUGCCAGUGAGCUUUCAAAAAAUAAUCGAAGAAUUCAAGAGCUGCAAGAGAAAACAAGAAAAUUAGAAGAAGACAACGAACAUGUUCAGGGGAAUGUAACAGGCUUCCAAAAGAAAAUUUCAGAGGCUUACCAAAUCCGAGACUCCGUCAAGGAAGAUUUGGAGAAAGAAAAGCAAACAAAUGCCAAAAUUACUCGAGAGUUAUCAAAUCUGACCGAAACUAACGCAAAGCUACUUGUGGAGAUUAAGCGUUUGAAAGAAUCGGAAAAAGAAUUAGAUGUUGCAUGCAAUACACUACGAGAAACUAGCGCUAUUCUACAAAAAUCUAAAACGACUGCAGAACUAGAGAAAGAAGAUUUACGAAGGAAAUUACACGAAGAAGAGGCUUCUCAUAAAGAAGCAAAGGCAAAAUCCAACGCCCUACUAUCAUCCGAAGAAGCCAAUCUCGAGUCGAUUAAAUCUUUUGAGUGUCGAUUAGAAACUGAAAGACAAGCCAAAGUUGAUGCUCAAGAAAAACUUCUUCAAGCUGAAAAGGAUAAAAUAGAUUUAAAUUGUCAGAUACAGAACAUUAAAUCAUUAUAUGACAAAGCGGAAAGUUUAGUUAUGGAGGUCCGAGAGCAAUUAAACGAAGAACUAAUAAAAAAACAAGACCUCAUGAAUGAUUUACGUCUAAAAGGAGAGGAAAUUAGCCAUAUAAAAGAUGGGGAGAAACAACUUUUGAAAGACAUUGAAGCUUUGAAAGAGGAACGAGAACAACAUGGAGAUGGAAUGAAAAAAUUGAACGAAGAGCUUCAAAGACUUAAGAAAAAAGUUAAGGAAGCGGAAGAACAAGUAGAAUGUGAAAUGCAUCUAUCUCAGUUGUACAAACAGCAGAGUGAAAAUCGCAAAGAAGAUCUAGAAGAAAAAUAUCGAGAAUAUAAUGAUUUGAGUCAACGAAACGAGAGACUGAUGAAAGAUUUUAACAAUUUACGUACACAAUUAGAGGUAACGGAGGAAAAAUGUCAAAGUGAACAGCUAGCAUUAAAGAUGGCUCAACAAUCACUAGCUGAAGUACAAAGAGAUAAAUCUUUGAUAGAGUGUGAAUUAAAUGAUGCAAGGGAAAGAUACAAAAGCGAUUUACAGAAAAAGGAUCAAACCAUAGCGAAUUUAGAAGAAACUAAUCAAAAACUCCGCAGUGAUACAGAUAUAUUAAAAUCCGAAACAACGGCACUACGUACACAUGUUGAAAAAAUGGAAGAAAGUGAACAAAAUAAAUCAGAAAAUUUGGCUGAAAAAAUCAAACUGUUAGAGAAGAAAGUAAGCGAAGAAGAGUUAAAGAAAAGACAAGCUAUUCAAAAGCUAACAGAAGUUAUGUGUAAAAAAGACCACCAAAAAAAUUCAAAGAAAGUGAAGGAAUCCGAUUAUAGAAAGAAAGCUGCAGAAGCAAUGAAACUUCGAAGAGAACUAGAAACUGAAAGGAAAAAUCACGGUCACUAUCGGCAAGAGGCUGCACAAAAAAUAAGCGAAUUAGAGCGAAAUCAAGACGAAUUGGAAGACUUGAAGACUCAAAUAGUGGCAAAAGAUUCAAAAAUUAUGCAACUAUUGGAGAGACUCGAGCAUCUUAGCAUGUCCAACAGUAGUUUAAUAUCAGAAAACCUUACAGAAAGUACAGACGAUUCCCCUAUUGAUGGUGUUCUUUCAUUGCCAAGUAAACUAUCAAAAUCACAAAACACUCGACGACGAGAGCACUAUGUUUGGAAAGAAUACUUCGUUUUGUUGACUAGUAGAAAUUUAUUCUUUUUUGGCAGCGAGCACGAUAAAAAUGUUCAUAACCCUUAUUUUACUUUAGAUGUUGAGAAACUUUAUCACGUUCGGGCUGUAACACAAGGUGAUGCUAUGAGAGCCAAAGAAAGUGAUAUUCCAAAAAUCUUUCAAAUUUUGUACCAAGUUGACGUUGUCGAAAAGAAAAAACCUUCAACUGCAGCAACGAAUCACUCAGAUUUGCAGCACAAAGGUCAUGAUUUAGCUGCCAUUGCAUUCCGUAUGCCUACAACUUGUGAUGCUUGUAAAAAUCCUUUAUGGAAUCUCGUUCAUCCACCAGCGGCAUACGAAUGCAAAUCAUGUCAUUUAAAAUUUCACAAAGAGGACCUUGAUGGAGACUUGAUAAGUCACUGCCGAUUGUUAUAUGACAAAGAUUUAGCUAAAGAAUUGUUGGUGCUCGCUAGUAACGUUGAAGAGCAAAAGUUAUGGAUUAGCCGGUUAUACAAAAGGAUCGCAAAGUCCGGUUUCACUUGUAACCUGUCAAAUUUGACACCUAACAGGCGGAGUAAAGAUCCGGUUUUCGGAGAGGUUAAUGCGACCUAG